AUGGUAUUUUCAUUUUUGCGUAAUUUGGGCGAAAAUCUAUCUAUCUAUCUAUCUAUCUAUCUAUCUAUCUAUCUUGUCCGUAUCUGUCUUUCUUCUUCACAUUCUCUUUCCCUUUAUUACGGUCUUCACAUUCUCUUUCCCGUUAUUACGGUCUUCACAUUCUCUUUCCCGUUAUUACGGUCUUCACAUUCUCUUUCCCUUUAUUACAGUCUUCACAUUCUCUUUCCCGCUAUUACGGUCUUCACAUUCUCUUUCCCGUUAUUACGGUCUUCACAUUCUCUUUCCCUUUAUUACAGUCUUCACAUUCUCUUUCCCGUUAUUACGGUCUUCACAUUCUUUUUCCCGUUAUUACGGUCUUCAUUCUCUUUCCUUUAUUACGGUCUUCACAUUCUUUUUCCCUUUAUUACGGUCUUCACAUUCUCUUUCCCGCUAUUACGGUCUUCACAUUCUCUUUCCCGUUAUUACGGUCUUUGCAUUCUCUUUCCCUUUAUUACGGUCUUCACAUUCUCUUUCCCGUUAUUACGGUCUUCACAUUCUCUUUCCCUUUAUUACGGUCUUCAUUCUUUUCCCUUUAUUACGGUCUUCACAUUCUCUUUCCCGCUAUUACGGUCUUCACAUUCUCUUUCCCGUUAUUACGGUCUUUGCAUUCUCUUUCCCUUUAUUACGGUCUUCACAUUCUCUUUCCCGUUAUUACGGUCUUCACAUUCUCUUUCCCGUUAUUACGGUCUUCACAUUCUCUUUCCCUUUAUUACGGUCUUCACAUUCUUUUUCCCUUUAUUACGGUCUUCACAUUCUCUUUCCCGCUAUUACGGUCUUCACAUUCUCUUUCCCGCUAUUACGGUCUUCGCAUUCUCUUUCCCUUUAUUACGGUCUUCACAUUCUCUUUCCCGUUAUUACGGUCUUCACAUUCUCUUUCCCGCUAUUACGGUCUUCACAUUCUCUUUCCCGUUAUUACAGUCUUCGCAUUCUCUUUCCCUUUAUUACGGUCUUCACAUUCUCUUUCCCGUUAUUACGGUCUUCACAUUCUCUUUCCCUUUAUUACGGUCUUCGCAUUCUCUUUCCCUUUAUUACGGUCUUCACAUUCUCUUUCCCGUUAUUACGGUCUUCACAUUCUCUUUCCCUUUAUUACGGUCUUCACAUUCUCUUUCCCUUUAUUACGGUCUUCACAUUCUUUUUCCUUUUAUUACGGUCUUCGCAUUCUCUUUCCUGCUAUUACGGUCUUCGCAUUCUCUUUCCCUUUAUUACGGUCUUCACAUUCUCUUUCCCUUUAUUACAGUCUUCGCAUUCUCUUUCCCUUUAUUACGGUCUUCACAUUCUCUUUCCCGCUAUUACGGUCUUCGCAUUCUCUUUCCCUUUAUUACGGUCUUCACAUUCUUUUUCCCGUUAUUACGGUCUUCGCAUUCUCUUUCCCGUUAUUACGGUCUUCACAUUCUUUUUCCCGUUAUUACGGUCUUCACAUUCUCUUUCCCGUUAUUACGGUCUUCGCAUUCUCUUUCCCUUUAUUACGGUCUUCGCAUUCUCUUUCCCUUUAUUACGGUCUUCACAUUCUCUUUCCCUUUAUUACGGUCUUCACAUUCUUUUUCCCGCUAUUACGGUCUUCACAUUCUCUUUCCCGUUAUUACGGUCUUCGCAUUCUCUUUCCCUUUAUUACGGUCUUCACAUUCUCUUUCCCGCUAUUACGUUUUUUUCGGAUAUUAUUCUAUAUUCUCACUAACGCCUAUCUAUCUAUCUAUCUAUCUAUCUAUCUAUCUAUCUAUCUAUCUAUCUAUCUAUCUAUCUAUGUUCAUAAUUCUAAUUGAAUAUUUCUAUCUAUCUAUCUAUCUAUCUAUCUAUCUAUCUAUCUAUCUAUCUAUGUUAAUAACUCUAUCUAUUUGA